AAGACGGUUUUGGAUGCCUUUCUUCGCGCUGUUAUACUUAUUCUUCAAACUCAACUGUCUAUCUACACGUGUAACAAAAACUUGCGAGGCAAAUGAUAGCUUAACACCCAGUCCAGAGCCUUCUAUAUAUUACACACCAAUUUGACGGUCUAGAAUGAAUUGCUAUUGAUGACAUUUGGCGACUAUCAUUAAAAUGAUCAGAGAUAUAUCUAGGGUUUUUAGGCGCUCUGCAACGUUUUUUAAAUGACUUUCUGUUCAAACUGUUAUAACAAACGACCGGUUUGCUGUUUGCAAGUGCUUCGGGCUGAAAUUCCCCUCUGGUUUGGAUUUGCAUAUAUUUUGUUCAAAAAUGGGUGGUCGAAGGAGAAAUAAAGGAGUGGAAGGUGGUCGACGAUGCACACCGUCGUAUCUUCCGAACAAGGAGGUUGUGGAUUUCUCGCGCCCCCAAAAAACGACAGCCGUCUGGAUACCAGCUGUACCAUUGUUGGAAAAGGAAUUUUGUGAGCAAUCUAUUGGUCUUUCAUGGAAAGAAUUUUGUGAGGCAAAGAAAAACACAAUUUACUUUCCAGACAUAGAAAAGUGGAAUGAUUUAGCAGCAGCAGAAGCUUUUCAUCUUGCCAAGAAGAGGUAUAUUGCAAAGACUAAUUCCACUCCUUUUGACAUGCCAGAACUUGAUCCCAGUGCAUACAUUGAUGUAGUAGAUUGGAAUUCACUUGACUCGGGAGAUAUUGACUGGCCAGAGGGACAUGGCUCUGAUUCAGACAAUGAAGAAAAUUGUGCAAAUGGAGUCCAAGAGACUGGAAAUCUGCCAGAUUUGGAUCAAGAGAUAACAGCAUCUGAAAAAGAGAGGUACGAAAAAGAAAAAAGUCAAUGGAAGGAAAGACCUUUUGGGUAUGGGCGUGUCUACUUUCCUGAAAUUCAUGAAGCACGCACAGUUAUCUGUAAGGUUGUUGACCUGUAUACCGCUGAGCCUCAAUUAACUGAUCACUGGUUGGUGGAUUUGUGGUCAAAAAGUUUCAGGCCAAGUGAGAAGAAUUCAGUUACUGGUUCUUUGGUUUGUAAUAAUAAUGAAAACAUUAUUGGCAUAAGUGCAAUGCAAUCAGGCUGGACCGAAGAUGAAAAGGAAGUGAAAACAAAUUCAACUGGGGAUAAUAUAGAGCAGAAGAAUGGAACUAUGGAAAACAUGGCAUGUCAGUUUGCAGAAGGUUCAGAUAAGAAAAAAUGGGGAAAUACAACAAAAACAGGCUUAAAUGAAAAUAAAAUGAAAGUAAUAUGUUACCCAAAGGUCCAUCCAGUGGAGCAGAAGAAUGCAGCAAUGACUCAUUUAGCCAAGAAUGAGUUUGAAGCCUCUGGAUGGGGUGCCGAGUUUGAGCACGAUGAGGAAGUAAUAUGUCAUCCAGAUGUUCCUCCUCUGAUUUGUAGUAAGAAUCAAAAUAAAAAAUGGGAAAAUACAAUAAAAACAGGUCUAAAUGAAAUUGGAGUAAAACGUUAUCCAGAAGUCCACAUCAUGGAACAGAAGAAUGAAAUGGUGACAACAAAAAAUGAGUUUGAUGCCUCUGGAUGGGGUCCAGAAUUUGAGCAUGAAAAGGAAAAUGAGUGGAUGGGAAAUUUGCAAGAAAAUUUCCCUUAUCAUGAGUACAAAGUGGGUGCCUCUAAAGUUUUCAUUCCUGCAGCUAGCAGAAAUUCUGUUGGCUGCAGAUACCAAGAUGAAAAUGAGUGUAAUUAUGAACUAGGUGAUUGCCAACACCAAAACCAGUAUUUUGCACAAAAUCACUGGGAGCCAUUUUCACAAUUUUCCCCAAGGAGGGUUGAUGUUCCUGCAAGAAGAAACCGGAGAUUUCAAACCAAUAAAAAAGUUAAUGGGGGGCAUUUGUCUCUCAAUCUAAAUCAAAAUGUAGAGUUAAAUUCAGCAUCUUCUUGUAAUCGAGGUUAUUUUAAGGAAUGUUACCCUGCACCCAGCGGUCAUGAUUUUCAGAAGAAUGCCAAGUACUGGAGGCAAAAUAAGGUUUGGUGAGAUGGACUUGGAAAGAUUUUACAUACUAGUGAUACAUCUUAAGUGGCAUGCUGGUGUAUGCUUGAGAAAGUUCUUAAUGACAGUGAUCGCACAAAUGGCAUAAAGUGCAAGGCAGAGAUAUAUUUGGUAUCAAUUGUCUGAUCAUGGGUCAAGAAAAUAUUUGUAUAUCAUAUUGAAAUCGGUGUUGUGAGUUUUUUUUCCUAGUGAUUAUUUGCCAAUAGUCACAUUUUUUCAAUGCAACAAUAUAAUGUUUUCUAAACUUUAUGCAUAGUUUUAAUUAAGUGGAGAGCAUGCUGUUUUAUUCAGAAUCACAGCUUAUGCUUGUUUUGCAUUCAAGCAAUGCAAUCAUAUUACGACAUGAUAUUCUUUGUGGGAAUUAGUUACAACAUUCCAAAGUAUUAUUUACCCAACAUAGGGUUGAAGCGUUUGUAUACAUCGGAAUUCUACAUUCUUUAUAAGAUUUAACAUAUUGCUGUAA